UUUAUUUUCGUGAAAUCAAAUAGCCAUUUUGAAUAUUCCACAUUUUUAUAGUAUGUAAUUAAAGUUAUUGAUUUUAGGACAAAGGUGGCCGGAAAGUCUGUGCUUUGAGUGCAUAGACUUGUUUUGAAUAAUGAUGGUUAAUAAUAGUAAUAAAUGUAUGUUUUACCAAUCUUAAGUUGUUAAUUUAUUGAUAUAAACUUAUUUAUUUGAUAAGCUGCGCACAAUGUCUGAAAAUGAAGAUGUCAAAGCUAAACUCGAAAAUGAUAUUCAGAUUAAGGACGAGAGAAAGGAUCCUACAUGCUUCUUGCCAGACGAGCCAAUGUCCUAUGAAAUUAAGAAGAAGAAAAAAAAGAAGAAGAAAAAGAAGAACAAGGAGCGAGAUCCGUUUCGAGAUUUAGAUGUGCAAAAUGAUGAACUGACUUUGGAGAUGCAAAUGGAUCCAGAGGUUAAUAUAAAAGUGGAGAAUAUUGAAGUAGAGUUAGAUUUUAAUGAUUUCGCAAAUAACACGGGCCUCAUGGUAGAAGGACCGCAGAGCGAAGACAGCCAAGAACCAGAAAUCAAAAUAGAGGAACAGAACCAUGAAGCAGUACUGUUGACAUUUGAAAGUGUUGUCAACAAAACAUUACUUGAAUAUAGUGAGAAUAUCAAAUAUGAUGAAGAAGGGAAUGUAAUCGGCUUCGAACAGCCAGGUGCAUCAGUGUUGGGUUACCCCCAGAAUAUUCCUAUGAAAACAGCUCCAACACACAUGUGCAAAGUCUGCCAUCUAGUCUUUCAAUCGCACAAAACCUUGAAAAUGCAUCAGAAAAGGAAACAUAAAGCUUAUAGAAAAUAUUUUGAACAUAUAUGUGAUUAUUGUGGAAUGUCGUACGAACAAAAAAACAGUCUAGUCGCUCAUAUGAGGAGGAAACACGGCCCAGACUCCACUCCGGACGAUAGAGAAGAGCGAACAUGUGAAGUUUGCGCACUAGUCUUCAAAGGAAAUACACGGUUACGAAUGCAUAUGAGGCGAAAGCACGGUUCAUUCCAAGAUUCAUUCAAAUUCAGCUGCGAGGAAUGCGGUCUUACUUAUGACAAGCACAGCAGUUUAGUCGUACACCAACGUAGAAAACAUUCUGGUAUCACACAACCAGUCUUGAAUCAAUGGUUCAACUGUCCUUUUUGUCCGAAAGUAUUUACAAGAAGGGAGACGUACGCGAGACAUGUUCAAAGGAAACAUAGGAUUUUGGACGAAGAUGAAAUCAAAGAAGAAUUUCUCAAUGUGAAGAAUGAAGAAACCGGUGAAAUCACGUGUAAACAAUGUCCGUUAGUUUUUUCUUCUGUUAAUUUCUUGAAGUUGCACAUGAGAAGGAAACAUAAUGCAUUGACAGAGGAUUUUAGGCUUAAGUGUAGGAUAUGUAAUUUAUCAUACGAUAAGAUAGAGAGCCUCAAAAGGCACGUGCGGAGGAAACAUGGCGAAAAUUCGCAUUGCGAAGUGUGCAAUAGACAAUUUGACAGUAGAGAGGCAUAUUUGAAUCACUCGCAUGUAAAAACUCAUUCUGAGUGUUCGAUUUGUGGGCUUAUAUUCGCUUCGGAAGGCAAUUUGGGAAAGCAUAUGAGGUUGACGCACAAAAUUGACUCACCCAAACAUGUAUUUUGCAGUUCGUGUAACGAAGGAUUCUACGAUAAACGUCAAUUGAAAUCACAUUUGAUGAAAGUACAUUUAAAAGUGACAUACACAUGUAUGUUUUGCAGUAAAGUAUUCAAAGCGAAAGAGAGUUAUAGAAGGCAUAUUCUAUUCAAACAUCCUGAAAGUAAUGACAUGAAAAAUCAGGCACAAAACUGCGAACAGUGUUCCGCUUCAUUUCCUAACGAAUUUGAACUCUGCCGUCAUAUAAAUAGUGAACAUUGCAAUGAGCAAGAUAAAGAAGUGAAGGAAGAGAUUGUUGUAGUCAAACAGGAGGAUGGUAUUAAAGAAUCGUUUCAGUGUACGAAAUGCCCGGAAUCGUAUACUGCUUGGGAGCAAUUGAGGUUACAUCACGAACAAAAUCACCAUUUGCCAGAAGAGACACAAUGUCAAGUGUGCGGUGAAAUGGUCCCAGGAAACGCUUUGAAAAAGCAUAUGCGAAACAUCCACAUCGAAGAGCCACAGUGUAAAUAUUGUGAGUUCAAAACCAAUAACAGGGCCAGUAUGACACAGCAUAUUUUAAGGCACAAAAAUAUUACAACGUUACACUGUGAUUACAUGGGUUGUAGAUACAAAACAUAUUACGAAGGUGCUAUGCAGCGACACAAGAGGAAGCAUGUGGAAAUCGGUGUUAAACUGCAGUGUAGUAAGUGUCCGUUUCAAACAAUGAAUAAAUAUAUUUUAAGGUAUCAUGAAGAAGCUCAUACUACAGGAAAGAAGCGUUAUGUGUGCGAUCAAUGUGACUAUGCAACGAUUUUGCCAGCGAAUUUGGUACAGCACAAAUAUAAGCAUUCCGAAGAGAAAAGAUUCAAGUGUGAAGUGUGCCCGUUCGCUACAAAAUACAAUACAUCUUUAAGAUUUCACGUGAAGAAGAAACAUUGUGAUCUCCCAUCGCUCAGUUGAAUUUAAUUUUGUUUUUAUUUUUUCUUAUUUUAAUUAUUAAAAUAUUUGGUGUUAGA